AUGUCGUACCCAGGGAAAGACAAGAAUAUUCCUGGAAGAAUAAUAGAGGCCCUAGAAGACCUGCCUUUGAGUUAUCUGGUUCCUAAGGAUGGGUUAGCCGCGCUAGUAAAUGCCCCAAUGCGGGUUUCUUUACCUUUUGACAAGACUAUCUUUACCAGCGCUGAUGAUGGCAGAGAUGUUAAUAUAAAUGUUCUAGGUACAGCUAACAGCACUACUUCUUCCAUAAAGAAUGAGGCCGAAAAAGAAAGGCUUGUUUUCAAAAGACCCAGUAAUUUUACGUCAUCAGCCAAUUCUGUUGAUUAUGUCCCAACUAACUUUUUGGAAGGAUUAUCACCGCUAGCGCAGAGUGUUCUAUCAACCCAUAAAGGGUUGAAUGAUUCCAUUAACAUCGAGAAAAAAAGUGAAAUAGUAAGCAGACCGGAGGCAAAGCAUAAGCUCGAAAGUGUGACUUCGAAUGCUGGUAACUUGAGUUUCAACGACAAUUCUUCCAACAAGAAAACCAAAACUUCAACAGGUGUAACCAUGACACAAGCGAAUUUAGCGGAACAAUAUUUGAAUGAUCUUAAAAAUAUUUUAGAUAUUGUUGGAUUUGACCAAAACUCUGCUGAAAUUGGAAAUAUCGAGUACUGGCUCCAGUUGCCAAAUAAAAAAUUCGUUUUAACUACAAACUGCUUAACCAAAUUACAAAUGACAAUUAAAAAUAUUACCGAUAACCCACAGCUAUCGAACUCAAUCGAAAUAACAUGGCUUUUGAGAUUGCUUGAUGUGAUGGUUUGUAAUAUAAAGUUCAGUAAAAGCUCUUUAAAGAUGGGUUUAGAUGAUUCUAUGUUACGAUAUAUUGCUUUGCUUUCUACAAUUGUACUAUUCAAUAUUUUUUUACUGGGUAAGAAUGACAGCAACUUACAUCGGGAAUCAUACAUCAUGGAACCGGUGAAUUUUUUAAGCGACUUGAUAGAAUCUCUAAAAAUAUUAACAAUUGAAUAUGGUUCUUUGAAGAUAGAAUUUGACACUUUCCAGGAGGCCCUAGAAUUGCUACCGAAAUACAUACGUAACGGCCCUUUUCUGGAUGAUAAUGUCACGGCAAAGCUUGUGUACAUCUUUAGCGACUUGCUGAUGAAUAAUGACAUUGAAGCAACUACGAAUAUCCAAUUUCAAAGUUUUUGGGAUAAUGUGAAGAGAAUCAGCUCUGAUAUUUUAGUUUCAUUAUUCGGUAGUUUUGAUCAACAGAGAGGAUUUAUUAUAGAAGAACUACUAUCUCAUAUCGAAAAGCUUCCCACUAAGAGAAUACAAAAAAAACUAAGAAAAGUUGGUAACCAAAACAUUUAUAUCACUGAUUUUACCUUUACUUUAAUGUCAAUGUUAGAGAAUAUUAAUUGCUACUCCUUCUGUAAUCAGAUGAAGGAUAUUGCACCAGAGAAUAUUGAUCUAUUAAAGAACGAAUACAAAAAGCAAGAAGAAUUUCUUUUUAACAUUGUUGAGCAUAUAAAUGACACAAUACUGGAAAGGUUUUUCAAGAACCCGUCCGCUUUAAGGUAUGUAAUUGACAACUUUGUCCAAGAUCUAUUAUUGCUAAUUUCCUCCCCUCAGUGGCCUGUAACAGAAAAAAUACUAAGCUCUUUGUUAAAGAGACUUCUAAGUGUAUACAGCCCAUCCAUGCAAGUUUCUGCAAACAUUGAAACAAUAUGUUUACAACUUAUAGGGAAUAUUGGUUCUACAAUUUUUGAUAUUAAAUGCUCAACUAGAGACCAUGAAGAUAACAACUUGAUUAAAAUGAUUAAUUACCCCGAAACUUUGCCGCAUUUUUUUAAAUCAUUUGAAGAAUGCAUUGCAUAUAAUGAAACGAUCAAAUGCCGUCGUUCUGCAACAAGAUUCCUUUGGAAUUUAAGGCUCGGUACGAUCUUGAUAUUAGAAGAGUAUACAAAGGAUGCCAAAGAACAAAUUAUAACCGUUGACAAUGAAUUGAAAAAAAUAUUGGAGCAGAUAAAAGAUGGUGGACUUGGACCCGAAUUAGAGAACAGAGAAGCAGAUUUUAGUACGAUUAAAUUGGAUUAUUUUUCUAUUUUGCACGCCUUUGAACUACUGAAUCUAUACGAUCCAUACUUGAAGUUGAUAUUAUCACUUCUAGCCAAGGAUAAAAUCAAACUGAGAUCGACUGCUAUUAAAUGUCUCUCGAUGUUGGCUUCAAAAGACAAAGUGAUACUUUCAAACCCAAUGGUUAAAGAAACUAUUCACCGGCGUUUAAACGACUCAUCUGCAUCUGUCAAGGAUGCCAUUCUAGAUUUGGUCAGUAUUAAUUCUUCAUACUUCGAAUUUUAUCAACAAAUUAACAACAACUAUAACGAUGAUAGCAUAAUGGUAAGAAAACAUGUGUUAAGAAUUAAUGAAAAAAUGUACGACGAGACGAACGACAUCGUCACGAAGGUAUACGUAAUAGCAAGAAUCCUAAUGAAAAUAGAAGACGAGGAGGACAAUAUAAUUGAUAUGGCUAGGCUGAUUUUAUUAAAUAGAUGGAUAUUAAAGGUACAUGAAGUAUUGGACCAGCCCGAAAAGUUGAAAGAAAUUUCUUCUUCAGUCCUACUAGUAAUGUCCCGUGUGGCUAUAAUGAAUGAGAAAUGCUCCCAACUUUUCGACUUGUUUCUCAACUUUUAUCUCCUAAACAAAGAAGCGCAUUCAAAAGAAGCAUACGAUAAAAUCACUCACGUUCUAACCAUUCUUACCGACUUUUUGGUACAAAAAAUUGUCGAGCUCAACUCAGAUGACACAAAUGAAAAGAAUUCGAUUGUUGAUAAACAAAAUUUUUUAAACCUUUUGGCGAAGUUUGCUGAUUCUACUGUGUCAUUUUUGACUAAAGACCACAUUACAGCAUUGUAUCCUUAUAUGGUAUCGGACGAAAAAUCUGACUUCCACUAUUAUAUCUUGCAAGUCUUUAGAUGCACUUUUGAAAAAUUGGCCAACUUUAAACAGAAAUUUUUGUAUGACUUAGAGACGACCCUUUUGAGUAGGCUACCAAAGAUGAAUGUAAGAGAGAUAGAUGAAGCUAUGCCUCUUAUCUGGUCUGUUGCCACUCAUCGUCAUGAUACUGCUAGAGUAGCUAAAGCAUGUUCAUCCUGUCUUUCCCAUUUACAUCCAUAUAUAAAUAAGGCAAAUAACGAGGAAGCUGCCAUUGUAGUUGACGGAAAAUUGCAAAGGCUGAUAUAUUUAUCCACCGGUUUUGCCAGGUUCUGCUUUCCUAAACCCUCCAAUGAUAAAAUUGCAUUUUUACAAGAAGGUGAAACCCUGUAUGAACAUAUUACCAAAUGCCUACUUGUACUAUCUAAAGACAAAAUUACACACGUAAUAAGAAGGGUUGCUGUGAAAAAUCUCACUAAAUUAUGUGGAAAUCAUCCAAAACUAUUCAAUUCAAGACACGUUCUACAUUUACUGGACAAAGAAUUUCAGAGCGAUCAGCUAGAUAUUAAACUAGUAAUUCUAGAAAGUUUAUAUGAUCUUUUUCUACUGGAAGAAAGGAAGUCAGUGAGAAACACUGGCGUUAAUAGCACUUUGUCUUCGAACUCCAUUUUGAAAAAGAAAUUACUGAAAACGAAUAGGGUAGAGUUUGCAAAUGAUGGAGUAUGUUCAGCGUUGGCUACUAGAUUUUUAGACAAUAUUCUCCAACUAUGUCUCCUACGUGAUCUAAAGAAUUCUCUCGUAGCUAUUCGAUUAUUAAAGUUGAUUUUGAAAUUUGGUUACACAAAUCCCUCUCAUUCAAUUCCAACUGUAAUUGCUUUAUUUGCCUCUACUAGCCAGUAUAUUCGUCAUGUCGCCUAUGAGUUGUUAGAAGAUCUUUUUGAGAAAUACGAAACGCUAGUAUUCAGUAGUUUAUCUCGAGGGGUUACAAAAGCUAUACAUUAUUCUAUUCAUACAGAUGAGAAGUAUUAUUACAAGCACGAUCAUUUUUUGUCUUUACUUGAAAAAUUAUGUGGAACUGGAAAAAAAAAUGGCCCAAAGUUCUUUAAAGUUCUGAAGAGAAUCAUGCAAUCCUAUUUAGAUGAUAUCACCGAUUUAACAUCAACAAAUAGUAGUGUUCAAAAGUCCAUUUUCGUUCUCUGCACUAACAUUUCGAAUAUCACAUUUGUUUCUCAGUACGAUUUGGUGUCCCUACUCAAAACCAUUGAUUUAACUACAGAUAGAUUAAAAGAGGUUAUCAUGGAUGAAAUAGGUGACAAUGUUUCAUCGCUAUCCGUAUCAGAAGAAAAGCUCAGUGGAAUAAUUUUAAUACAGUUAAGCUUACAGGAUUUGGGUACUUAUCUACUGCACUUAUACGGGUUAAGGGAUGAUGUGCUUUUAUUAGAUAUUGUAGAAGAAUCAGAAUUGAAGAACAAACAACUCCCUGCAAAGAAGCCGGAUAUCAGUAAGUUUUCCGCACAGUUGGAGAAUAUUGAACAGUAUUCAUCAAAUGGCAAGCUUCUUACAUAUUUUAGAAAACACGUGAAGGAUACGUAA